GGUGCCGGAGCGAGCAGCGGGUGAUGGGGAAGAGGCGAGCGCGGCGCUGAGGUCCCGCGGGGCCGGAUGAGCGGCGGCUUGGCGUCGCGGCGGUGGCGGGGCUGGAGGAGGGGGCGAAGGAGGCAGCAGGGGCGGCCUCCACUCCGGCUGCCCUGAGGGGAAGGAGCCCCCGACCAUGGAAAUCGAGAACAUCGUGGCCAACACGGUGCUGCUGAAAGCCCGAGAGGGCAAACGGAGUGGACGUAGUAAAAAAUGGAGGGAGAUGCUGAAGUUGCCGCCUGUUAGUCAGUGUGAAGGUAUUAGAUGCUCAAUUGAAAAAGAUUAUAACCAGCUUUGUGACAAACAGCCGAUAGGAAGACUUCUCUUCAGGCAGUUUUGUGAUUCCAGACCAGACUUGAAAAGAUGCAUUGAAUUUCUGGAUGCAGUGGCAGAAUAUGAGGUAUCUUCAGAUGAAAAGCGUAUAGACUGCGGCCUGAAAGUCUUAGAGACCUACUUCACUAAUGGGUCUGCAGCACACUUGCCAGAAAUACCUCAGGAAACAGUAAAUGAAUGUAAAGCAAGACUGGAAGAGAAUCCUUCUAAAGAUCUUUUUGUGGAUUGUACUAGAAUUGUCCAUGAAUACCUAAGCAGGAGGCCUUUUGAAGCUUACCAAGAGAGUGUGUAUUUUUCCCGGUUCUUACAGUGGAAAUGGCUGGAGAAGCAACCAGUAACCAAACACACGUUUAGGCAUUACCGAGUACUUGGCAAAGGUGGAUUUGGAGAGGUGUGUGCUUGUCAAGUACGUGCAACAGGAAAAAUGUAUGCUUGUAAGAAGCUAGAAAAAAAGAGAAUAAAGAAGAGGAAAGGAGAAUCAAUGGCUCUAAAUGAAAAAAGAAUCUUAGAAAAAGUGAAUAGUAGGUUUGUAGUUAGUUUAUCCUAUACGUAUGAGACAAAAGAUGCCCUCUGUUUAGUGUUAACCAUAAUGAAUGGAGGGGAUCUGAAGUUUCACAUAUAUAACAUGGGAAAUCCUGGCUUUGAUGAAGAAAGGGCUAUUUUCUAUGCUGCAGAACUGUGCUGUGGUCUGGAGGAUUUGCAGAAGGAGAGAAUUGUUUACAGAGACCUGAAGCCUGAAAAUAUACUCCUUGAUGACUGUGGACAUAUUAGAAUUUCAGAUCUUGGAUUAGCUGUGCAGAUUCCAGAAGGAGAAACGGUCAGAGGACGGGUUGGCACUGUUGGUUACAUGGCUCCAGAAGUGCUCAAAAAUGAAAAAUACACAUUCAGCCCAGAUUGGUGGGGUCUUGGUUGCUUAAUUUAUGAAAUGAUUGAAGGACAGUCACCAUUCAGAAAGCAUAAGGAAAGGGUCAAACGGGAUGAGAUUGACCGGAGAGUAAAGGAGGACCAAGAAACAUAUUCAGACAAGUUCUCUGAAGAGGCAAAAUCCAUUUGCAGGAUGUUACUUGCAAAAAAUCCAGGGGAGCGACUGGGUUGCACGGAAAAUGGAGCUGCUAUUGUGAAACAACAUCCUAUUUUCAAGAAUAUUAACUUCAAGAGGCUGGAAGCUAACAUGUUGGAGCCUCCAUUUUUGCCAGAUCCACGUGCCGUGUAUUGUAAAGAUGUCCUGGACAUAGAGCAGUUCUCUACAGUAAAAGGAGUGAACCUGGAUACUACAGAUGAUGACUUCUAUUCCAAAUUUGUUACGGGUUGUGUCUCAAUCCCUUGGCAAAAUGAGAUGAUUGAAACAGGAUGUUUUGAAGAUAUUAAUGCAUGUGAAACUGAUGGUACUGUGUCACCGGACAGAGAGAGGUCUCCUAAACCAAAGAGAGGCUUCUUUCACAGACUUUUUAGUGGAGAGGUCUGCUUUAAAUCUGAUUGCAGUGAUGAGGAGCAGGAGUCCUCUAGACUUUAAAUCACUUUACUGUCAUCAGAAAGGAUUAGCAAACUUUAAAUGUUUUAUAUCUCUGUAGCAAAGUGUAUUAUAUAUAUUUUUUAUGAGUUUAAGAAUUUUUGUACAUUUGUACUUCAUUUGUUUUAAGAUGUAUAUUUUUCACUAAAGCUUAAUUGUACAAAAAACGAGUGCCAUUUGAGUGAGUGUGUUUCUGUAUGUAUUUGAUUUAUCAUCUUCUCCCCACUUCUGCAAUGCAAUGAAUCUAGAAAUACUAAUAAGAUUUUCAAGCAGAGAAAUAAUAUCUGUGGCAUAAACUUAAUUUGACUUUUUUUUGCUCCUGGUAAAAAUCUUCUUGUUCAUUAGACCUUUAUUAGCUGUUUUCUUAAGAGUAAAAUUGCUGUACUGAUAAAGUUAAUAACUCUCGUAUUAUCUGACUGCAUGGCAGUGCUAUCAUCUAAUGCAUCUCAAGAAAACUGCUAAGGAAAUAAAGGAAUUCAGUGCACUGUGGCUAGCUAUUAUGAAGUGCUGUUUGCUAUAUAGAUCUGAAAAUAGUCUUGGUCUUAUUUUUAUCUAGAAUUCUGGACAUUUAGCUUAAUCUUGUGACCAACUGUAUUACCCCCCUGCUCCUUUCUAUCCUUCGUACACAUUCUCUCUGUACAGUUCCUCCACAUGGGCCAUGCAAGUAGACCUUUGCCAAAAUUUUAUAACUAUGCUUUUAUGUACUUUGUUGCCUUACUAAAAGGACUUUUUUUAACCUGUGGGAGCUCAUUUUUAUUUUUGUCUGUAAAUGAAAUUGUUUACAACUCCGUGUAGGAUGUUAGGGUUUUAUAAUGGGUAAGAAAACAAACCACAGGCUCUUAAUACUAUCUUCUCUGCUUAUCAUGUUGUGAUAUGCAACAUUGUAGGGUUGACGGUGAUCACUGCCACUGAGGGAAGGACAAGCUAGUGUUAGUAUUAAAUUUAACAAUGUAAAUAAUCUUUCCUUGUAACUUUCAAAAGCAUAAAGAUUAAAACCUUCCUGAUUUUAGCUAAGAUUGCUUAAUGCAGCUGUGGAGCUGCUGUUGAAGCUUUAGUUAUGAUUACUUUAUGUUUGUGAGUAAAAACAGUUUCUAGUUUGGAAGCUUGUAAAAAUGUCUGUUCUUCUGGGCUCCAAGUAUGCCAGGCUUUAUUUUGAAAAGCUCUGUGGGAAGCAGUUUAUCUGUAUAGCAGAAGAAACUUAGGGGACACAUUUCAUGAGCCUGUUUUGUUUUCAAAAUUUAAAUUAGUCUUGAAAUAUUCUUGGAGUUGUGACUUUUUGCUAUACAUUAUGUUCUGUAUUCUGAAGAUGGUCUCCACAGAGCAUGGUUGUUUUUUUUUUUUCCAUUUUCUGAUCUGUAGGAACCAAGCAGACUGCAUAUGUUCUAUAUGCACCAACUGAAUAUCUACCUCAAUAGGUUUCUGCUUGUGAUUCACAGACCCCCUGGGUCUAUCCAAGGAUGCAUCUGAUAGUCAAGCCUACUGCAGGUGUAAAUUCAAAGUAUUUUGUUUCUGUGGAGAAAUGUUUUAAUGGAUUAGAAUUUGAAGUAAGUUGGAAAACUGAAGUUUUACAAGAUUCUGCUGGGGUGCCUAUUUGAAAUUGUUCCUCUUGAAUACUGUACCACAGAAAUGAGGAAUUAGACUCUUUUCCUGUGUUUUCAGUGUGUGUUUCCUGAUGUCUAAAAUGACGCAGAGGACAGCAAAAUGUCUACCACGGAAGAGAGAAAUUGGCAGUGGGAGAGAGAAAUUCCUGCAUGACAAUCUGAUGCAAUAGUGCAGGAAUGGGAGACUUGACAGAAAGAGAAAUAGGUGAAAUAAGGGUGUUGGCUAGAACCAUUAUGUGUGAGAGAAUGAGCUGGCACAGUCUGACCUGACCCUCUUUAUUAUGUACAACAAUAGGAGAAGGACUCUAUUUCUCCGUUCCCACCUUUCUGGAGAGGUAACAAAAGUGUUCUAGAAGUACCUACCUGAUUGGGCUAUGGAUCAUGUUUCUCUUACUAAGGGUUUAAUUUUUAAAUAUCUUAGGUUUACCAUUCUUAGUGAAAUAAAGGUGACAGUAUUAACAUCAGACACAUGGAGUGACAGUCUGGAUUUAAUGUCUGCUUACAGUAACUCGAGAUUUGGGUGAGAAUACCACGGACACAAUCUGGGUAACUUUUGUGAAGAAAAUAUAGGAAUUGACUGAAACAAAGAAAAUGUGAAAGUAUAUUCAUCAUGUAUGUCAAAUUCCUUCUCCAUUUUAGAGAGAGGAGUUCUAACAUAAAUAAAAAAUUAACCCCCACUUUGGAGUGCAGAGGUUUCGCACUUUUUCUCCAGGGUUCUCCCAAAAAAAGAAACUAGAUAAACAGGCAAGCUGUUCCUAAUAAUUGGUUCUUUCAAUUUUUAUACUUCUGCUCCUCUGGACAAGGAACUUUUGACCACAUGUGGCUUUUUUGCAUGUUUUUCUGAAGCUUUCAUUUCACAAGUUUUUCCUUGAGUUAUGAAUAAUACUUCUAAGUAUUUUUUUUUAAGGGUAACUACAUGUUAGCAGGGUUAAGACCUAAAUUCUGAUUUUUGCCACUAAGGUCAAGACAACAUUUUUCAACUGUAAAUUUGUUCCUUUUAUCUCCAUUCAAUGCAUAUGACCUUAUUCUUUGCACAAUUUACUAACUUCAUUAUUUAUAUGAAAAAUAAAUACAUUAAAGCUGUCAAAACCUGCACAAGCAUCAAUGUUUAAAAUGUAAGCAAUUAGAAAUAUAAGCACAUAAUAACAAGAUAUUAUUUAAUGUAAAUCAUCAAUUAGCACAAGAAACUGCAGGAAUCAAUGUAAUUCUCUUUAUACGGUACAUGCAGAUGAAGAAAUUAUGCUAUGUAAUCUAAAGUGAUUAAUGUUACUAGCUUGGAGAUUCACUUUGAGAAGUGUGAAAAGGGUAAGGAGAUUAAAGUGAAACACUGUUGUAUGAUAAAUGUAAUAUGAAUUUUGUUCUUGAUUUUUUCAUAGGAUGCAGAUGAGAGGAGGCAGGAGGUUGUAAUUACUGACGAUGUAGACUUUUAUUUCCAUGAAGCUAUAAUUAAGAAAAAGAAUUUCUUGUAGUUCAGAAUGCCUUCAUUACACCUCUAUGAAUUCAGGUUCUAGAUCUCUUAGAAGAUUUUAGUAGCAAUGAGACAAUCCAGCAACUCAACUGCUUUCUUCUGUUGACGUGAGAUAUGGAAAGAUCUAUCCAUUCUGUGGAGUUAUUUCAAUGAGAUCAAUUCUCCUCUGUGGCUUUUGUUUCCAAACAUUUGUUUAUGUAAGUCUUAUUGUCUGCUUGUGCGUACCUCACGAAUCUACACAUAGAGCACCAAAUUCAAACUGUGAAACAGUGUACCAGUAUCUUAUUGGUUUACUUCUGAUUAUUGUGACCCACAGAACAGAAUCUUCAUGUCUCAGGUUUGAUGUCUUUCUUCAGAAGAAACUGUCAGCUUUUUUUUCCUUAGAGCUGUAAGGAUCAUAAUAAAGAUGUUAGAAUCUAGAAACAAUACUAACAAACCAGUCUUAGUUGGGGGUAAAAAAAAAAAAAAAACCCAAAAAACUCAGAAUAAAAUUGCCUAUUUUGAGAAAUGUGAUAGAAGCUAUUAAAAACAAGCAAAGAAAACCCAAUAAUUUUUAGAAGGUACUUCUGUUGUUUCUUCCAAGAUUAUAGCUGUAAGAAAUUUUUCAUAGCCAGAAAUGAGGAAUAUUUGUUCAGUUGCUAAGUCUGAUGUCUUUGUGCUGGCUCUGCUAUUUUUUAAAGAAAGCAGAAAACAUUUCACAAUGUUGAAGCAAAAUCUGAUAUGGAUUGUAUUUGGUAGUCAUAAUAAGAAAGAUUCAUGUAAGCGUCAAUAUGUUCAACUGUUACUUUAGUAACUUGCAACUAGUUAGUUAGCAGAAAUAUUUGUAUUUUCUCAUGGUUUACCGGGUAUAUUAAGUUAACAGUAGAGAUGUGAUCUUCAUUUUUGAAGAUUUUUCAGUAGGAGCUUUUCUUUAAGACAUACUGAGGAAGUCUUUCUUUCUUUCUUUUUUUAAGAUAAGCUAAAUUUAUGUUUACUUUGAUUUGAAUUACCUGCCUGGCUCCUUUUGGUAGUAAUGACGUCUCUUCUGCUGAAUGUACAGUUCUUUUAUUUCAGAGUUGUCCGUGUAUUUUAUUAUAAGGUUUUGCAUAUGGCACAUAGGUAACGUUCCUCUCAUGUUCCACGUAUGUCCAAACCACCAGAAUUCCUUCCAGUUAUAGCAGUGUUGACUGUUAAAUGUGAUGUGUUAGUUCCAGAAUUUCCAAACCACUGAAGUAAUUGUUGUAUGAGCUGUUUUCCUGGAUGUUCUAGCAUUGUUAUUCUUGAAAUAAAAGCAAAACACUGCCACGUCUCCCAAA